CCUUGUUUUUUUUUAAUGAGAAAAAGCGAGCGAAACCAACCACAUGCAACCUCUUUUAAUAAUUUAAAUAAUGGCAGAUUCCAGUGAGCGAGAUAGGGGAAGAGGAGGUCCACGCCGGCGCCGUCCACGAGGAGGCGGACCACCAGUGCGAAAGGAGAGAGAUUACGAUGGUGAUACUAGUAGUAGUCAGCCAACAUCUAGACCCAUUAUACUGGCAAAACACCCGGAAAAUGAGUCUUCACAGGUAUCCUCGUCAGGCCGUGGUUCGACAUCAACUUCUCCCACACCAUCAAAUCGCCAGUCAGAAAAGCCAGUGACGGUACUGAAACCACGAGGCGAAGAUCCACGUAGAACCCUAUCAUCCUCUGUGUCAUUACCUAGUAUACCUGUAAGUACUGUACAAGGAGAAACUCCACCGCAGCAGACAUUCUUACAGAGAACUAUUGAAGGAACAAGCAGAUUAUCUGGCCCUACAGAAAUGUCCCACUGCACAAAGUUGAUAGAUGAACACCACCAGUGGUGUGAAACUGCCUUUGAUUCAUUAUUGGAGCAAACAGAUUUCUUGGUAGUGGGUGUGAUAGGGUUACAAGGUACAGGCAAGUCAACCAUUCUGUCACUUCUAGCUGGCAAUACAGAAAUAGAUGCUCACAGGAAUUAUGUGUUCCCUCCACAGUCUAGAGCUAUCAGAGAAGAGUGCGGUCACAUGACUAAUGGUAUAGACAUCUUUGUUACAUCACAGAGGGUUAUCUUCCUUGAUUGUCAGCCUUUGCUGAGUGCCUCAGUUUUGGACCAGUUGAUACACAAUGAGAAGAAAAUACCUCCAGAAUACACAACAGCCGAGAACUUUGCGGAAAUUCAGAGUUUGCAGCAAGUAACUCUCCUGCUGACUGUAUGUAAUGUUGUAAUGGUAGUUCAGGACUGGUUUACAGAUCUGUCAGUCCUACAUUUUCUCCAGACGGCAGAAAUGUUGAAACCGUCUACACCGUCAUCAUCUGGACACGACAGCAACUCGGCCCCAGAGGACCAUCCUGAUUACUAUCCACAUAUAGUAUUUGUGCAGAAUAAGUCAGGAAGAGAAGAUUUCAGUGUUGAGAACUUCACGGCCAUGCAGAAAUCUUUGUCCACAAUAUUUCAGACUUCCAAACUGAAGAUGAAAGGUGAUGUUAAUAUGACAACUGGUAGACAGACGUUUGGAUUGAAUCCUGCAUUUGUCAAGUCGGAUCUUAACUUAUUUGUUUUACCAUGUAUGGAUGGAAGGAAAGAUGCUGAAGAUACUGUACUGACAAUGUUACCAGAGUAUAGAGGAUACCCAAGUUUCCAGACACUGAUAAACUCACUGAGGGGACAAAUUCUUGCCAUGCCAAGGGAGGCAAUAACACACACUACUCUCACAGAGAAAAACUGGUUUCACUAUGCAGCUAGGAUAUGGGACUCGAUCAAGAAGUCACAGUUAAUUGCAGAAUACAACAGGUUGUUACCUUGAUUUUAUACCAGACACUAAAAUCCUAGCAAAUUAACUUGUGGACAGUCCAGAUCCUAAGGAAAUGAUUAUUGGACACUUAAAAUCCUAGGGAAAUGAUUAUUUAACUAUAAAAUUCUAGGGAAUCAAUUUGCAGAUGGUAAAAUCCAAAGGAAUUGAUUACUGGACACUAAAAUCCAAGGAAAUGAUUACUUGAAACUAAAAUCCAAGGAAAUGAUUACUGAACUAUAAAAUCCUAGGGAAUCAAUUUGAAGACAGUACAAUCCUAAGGCGAUGAUUAUUGGACGCUCACGGCCUAGGGAAUGGAUAACGUCACUUCGCUCUUUUGGGAAAUGAUUACUGGACACUAAAAACCUAAGGAGAUAAGUACUGGACUCUCAGAUCGAAGGGAAAUUAUUACUGACAUCUUAGGUUCUAGGCAGACGCUUGGAAGACACUCUCGGAGAAUAAUUGCUGGGCACUAAAAUCAUAAGAAAGUGAUAAUCGGAAAAUUAAAUGAUAGGAAAAUUAUUACCGGACACUCAAAUUGUAGGAAAAUAAUUGCAGGACACUUAAAUUCAAGCGAAAGAAUAAGUGGAUACUGAAAGCUGAGCGAGUUCCAAUCAGUAUUCAGAUUUCCAAUUCAGACCUUAACUCAGCAUAUCCCGGAUAUUACGCUUGCGGAAGAAGAUGGUUAUAUUCAGGAAAAGAGCCAAGUUUGAAGUUGUGUGUUGCAGUAAAGGUUUUCUAAUAAGAUUUGCUCAUGCUGCAUGAAUAUGUUACUAAUAUAAGUUAACUGUGAAAUCAUCAACCCUUACCCUGCUAAAUUUCUAUAAUGAACAUGUCCAUCUUUCAAUUUGGACAGUAUCAUUACUUAAAAGGGAUGCAAACCAAAACAAAAGAUACUAAAUGACAAACAGUGCAGAACAUGACCAGACUCCACGGAUGUGCAGGCUCAUCUUGGUCUGCACUGGUCGCAAAGGCAGAGCAGGCUAAAGGUUUAAAUUCAGGAGCCUCCUUAGAGGAGUCGUUAGGGUCCUUAAAUUUGAGUCACUUGUCCCUUACAGAAACAGGUUUUGGAACCUUGCUUUAAGCGUAGAAUUCUCCUUUUGAGGAAGCCACCCAGCUGGCUUACAGAAUGGUGGUAGUUCUGCCCAGGUGCCUGUCCAUGAUGAAACAAUGCCUGGAGGGGCACCUGGUAUCUUCUUCACCAUCAAAAUUAUUGGUGCCCACUUCAUGAAAUGAUUUCACAGUACCCUAAUUGCAUGUUUAGUUUUAAGUAAGUUAAUAAUUGUUAUAGGAUAUGUUAUACAUUGAAACCUAGCUAUAAAGACCACCCUAUGGAAGGACAAAAAAUGGUCUUUUAUUGGCAGGUGUUCCUUAUUCACAUGUUGAAAUAUGAACAAAACAGCCAGGAUGUCCCUGUCCAGAAGUGAUCUUUAGCUCAGGUUUUAUUGUAAUGGAAGGGUUGAUUCAGAAUAAUGUAGACUUUUUCCAUAAUUUAAACCAGUGAAGAUAUUUUGGUAAAAUUCUAUUUCUUAAAUUAACAGAAUAUAUCUGAAUUAUUUUUAAAACUCAAGCCUUGUAAGCUUAGUUGCUGUUUUAGUCAGAAAUAGUAAGGGUCAGAAACAAGGAUGCAUUUUUUUUUGUAAUUUUUAAGUAUUCUACAAUCAGAUGUCUAUAUCCGAAUCAGUAUCACACACUAGUUACAAAUUAAGCUGUGGAGGAGUAUGCGGUUACUGUUUUUUGUUGGUUUUGUUAUAUUUUAAUGUUAAUUAAAUAUUUAAGAAAGAG